ACCCUCAUCUUAACUAAUCACAUUAUUUCUCAUAUUACUAAUAAAAAUAAAUUGUUAUCGAGUUAGUAAAUACUGUUAUCUUAAAGAAGACGUUUAAAAGAUUAAAUACUCGUUGUUAAAUACGAAACAUUGUGUAUUCUGAUGUUAUAAUUGCGUUAAGUGUAAAGGAAAAUGGAUAGUGCAUACGAUCAAGCGCUGUACGAAAUCGGAGAUGAGGGGAAAUUUCAAAAGAGUUUCGAUAUAAAGUAUAAUGUUUUAUUAAUCUUUUUUUGGAGUAUAGUUUAUAUGAAUAUUAUUAUGUCGUUAGCAAUAACUCCAUAUACAUGUAAAUAUCCCGAGAAACCACAAAACUACAGCGAUUUUGAUUGGAAAUUGAAACAUAUACCACACCAGACGAAUUUAAAGGGUGAAAUUAUAUUUGACAGUUGUAUAAUUUACACUGACCCAGAUUUAAGCAAUAAAACAACAGAAUGUGAUUCUUAUAUAUACGAUAAGACUUGGUACGGGACAACUAUACCAUCUGAAAAGAACUGGGUGUGUAAACAAGAAAUAAAUAUAGCUAAUAUUUUCGCAUACAGCAAAAUUGGCGAAGCGAUUGGAUCAAUAUUCUUCGGGUGGUUCGGUGAUGUCUAUGGACGUCGAGCUACUUACGUACUAUCACUUUCAUUGAUAGUUGUGGGCCGACUGGUAUCUUUGAUGGCUGGCUCGUCAUUUAUAAUAUUCGUAGCUGGAUGUAUUAUAGCUACUUUACCCUCAUGGUCUGUGCCUCAGACAGUUUCCGUUAUUUCCAUGGAAAUGUCAUCAUCUUCUCGAAGAUCUUAUACUACCUCACUAAGAUACACAGCAUUUAGUGUUGGAUUGGCAGUUAUGCCUUUUCUUUAUUGGUGGCUUCGAGAUUGGAAAACAUUCGUGAUCGUCACCACUGCUCCUUUGUUGCCAUGUAUUAUGUUUUCCUGGAAUAUACCAGAAUCAGCACGAUGGCUGUAUGUAGAAGGGAAGUCGAAGCAAUGCGUCAAAAUUUUAAAUAAAAUAGCUGAAGUGAAUAAUUCAAAACUAAAGCCUGAAACCGAAAAGGAGCUUUUAUCGGUUAAGAAACAAAAGUCCUCGAGUGGUUUUGGACCUUUGGCCUUAUUUACUGGAGCAAGAUUAGCAUUUAAUACAAUUUUAGUUCUUUUAUUAUGGGUUUUUGUAUCAAUAUGUUAUUCAGUAUUGAUUUUAAGCACGGGUGAAAAAUCAGAUUCCAAUCCGUUCAUCCAAUUUUCCAUUCAAGCUCUGGCCGAGAUCCCCUCAAAUUUUAUAGGAGCUUGGUUGUGUAACAAUAUUGGGAGACGACGUUCUGCUUCUGCUUCGUUCUUUGUAAUUGGAACUAUAUGGAUAAUUGUUGCUUUGAGAGAAAUGACAAGCAUUGCAUGGCUUCGCGCUUGGUGGAUUAGUUCGGCACUAAUUACUAUUGGAAGGCUAACUAUUGCCGUUUCCUUUUUCGCAAUCAACUUACUGAAUAUGGAAAUAUAUCCUACUUGUCUCAGACAAUCAGGACUCGCCUUGGGAAAUGUUUUAUCGAGCGUCGCUUCAGCUCUAGCGCCUUAUAUUUUGUAUUUAGGACGCCGGGUCGAUCCACGUUUACCUGGCUUGAUUCUUGGGACGUCUUGUUUGUUAAGCGUUUUUAUUUCAAUGUUUUUACCGGAAACAUUAAACGCCAAGCUGCCGGAGACAAUAGAAGAUGCUAAAGUGUUUGGAAGUAAAAGUACUCAUUUUUCAAAAGUUCCUUGUCAAAUAACACGAGCUGAACAUUUUAGUUAAAUUAUUUUUUAUUGUAAAAUUUAUUUUUUAUAUAAUAGACGAUGUUUUUUUA